AUCCGCUCUAAUUUGCCUUAUCUAUCCCUUUUACAUUCCGAUUUUGGAUAAAAAGGGAACAUCGGAAAAACGACAUGGGAGCUCUUGUGAAGCUAACAGACCUUAUAUUGUUCAUCUUCUUCCUCUUGAUUGCAAUCGUAGCACCGCUUUUUGAUGCCCAAUGUAUUCUUCCCCAAGACAUUUUCCCCACCUUCGUUGUGGACCUGAAGGCCUGGUACACUCAAGAAUAUGGUGACUAUUUGGUUUCCGAGAAGCCCCAUUUCUUCGUCGGGUUGAUCUGGCUUGAGCUCCUCUUCGCAUGGCCUCUCUCUGUAAUCAGUCUCUACGGAAUCGCCGCUGGGAAAUCUUGGGUCAGCACCACCUGCUUGCUCUAUGGUGCCUCCACUCUCACUUCCAUGGCUGCAAUCCUUGCUGAGCAAACACAGUCCAAGAGAGCAUCAGAAAAGUUACUGAUGAUGUACUACCCAUUCUUAGGAUUUUCUUUUUUAGCAAUAUUUCGUGGUCUGAUGCCGAUUAGCAAGAGACCUGUUGUUGCAUUAAGCAGGAAGAAGAUGGCUUGAUUCUCUUGGUUAUGGAAGUGUUUUUUAAGUUUAUUGUUUGGCGUCAAAAGAGUCUGAAACUAGUUUAUAUAUAAAUGUUUGUUAAGAUUAUUGUUUGGUUUAUUUUCAGAGUAAGUUUGAUUAUUUGGGAGUGUGAUUAAAAUUAUUUCGGGCUAUGAUUUUGAUUGCAUAUGUCACCGAUGCAUAUGAUGAGCACUGCCAAGUUGGAUUUAGGAGUGGGCUAAUCAGACUGAGGUCAUGGAUGCAUAUGAUGAGCACUAUGAAGUUGGAUUUCAGAGUGGGCUUAGUGGACUCAGGUCAUCUCAUUCAUCCUGAAAUGAGGUGUGCUUUUGUAAGUUUAAGGUGGUUUAAUUACAAGUUUAAUAAUUCCCUAAUAAACUGUAAUUUAUUAUUUAUGGCUAAAAUGAAUCAGGCUCAAUUAUAACUUAAUUCUAAUUUUUACUUACCAGGCUGUGAGCUUGGUUUUCAUUUUCGAACGGGAUAAUCAAUAAA